AUGAUUGUCUACGACGCAAGACAAUGGACUCUUCUUAUGAUUCUCCGAAUCCACGGCUCCGUUUUUCCAAAGGGAUUAUGCUGGGCGCUUCCAAAUGCAUGCCUUGCGGGUUUGCUGCACUGGAUGCUUCGGAGGUACACCCCAGACGCAGAUGGUGAUGGUGUACCAGAUGCAAUUCAGAAUAUGGAAGGUGUGGACGUCAUAUGGGCUGGGUACACAUUCGUCCUCGGCUUUCUGGUUGUUUUCAGGAACAACCAGGCAUACUCCCGCUUUUGGGAGGGAGCGACCCUGAUUAGCCAAGUUCGUGGUGAGUGGUUCAAUGCGAUCUCAUCAUUGUUUGCAUUUGCAUCCCGGAAGCCCGAGAAGGCUGCAGAGGUUUACGCGUUUCGGCAGCUUCUUGUACGCCUUGCCAGCAUGAUGUAUUGCGCAGCCCUUCAACAGGUGUGCGACACCGACGCAGACGACUCCCUGCAAAUCCUAGAUACGGAGGGAAUUGCUCCAGGGCAUCUCGAAUUCCUCGAGGCCGCAAAUGACCAGUGCGAGGUUCUCCUUCAGUGGGUUCAGCAGCUCAUUGUGGAGUCUCACGACGCAGGAGUCGUCGAAGUACCUCCGCCCAUUUUGUCACGAGCUUUUCAGGAACUGUCACGUGGUAUUGUCACUCUCAACAACGCCCGCAAGAUAAAGGACAUUCCAUUUCCGUUUCCUUAUGCACAGAUGCUUGUGUGCAUGCUGGUCGUGCAUUGGCUGGUGACUCCCAUGCUGGCAAGCCUGGUCAUAGCGUCGUGGUGGUGGGCGUCGAUCAUGUCAUUCCUAGUCACAGGAUCGUUCUGGACGCUGAUGCAUAUAGCCAUGGAGAUCGAUCAGCCAUUUGGGGCAGAUGCCAAUGACCUCCCCAUCAAGGCGAUGAUGAAGGACUACAACAGGAGUCUGCUUUCGUUGCUCAACUCUGCAGCCCACAAAGCGCCCAGCUUUGCCGUGCAAACACCGACUCCAGCCUUCGUGCAGAGCAAGGAUGCCAAUCUCACUUUCCACCUUCGAAAGCGUCUGAUGCGCAGCACCUCCGAGGAGGACUCAGAGUUUCACAUUCGCGAAAGCGAGAGGCUCCGAAACAGCGAAGCUGUUUUGCAGCGCGGCUACACAGAUGACACUGGGCGCAAGUUGGCAUUCACAUGUGGGGUAUUUCCCAAAUAG